GUUGGUGAAUUGAAUGGUGAUAACGUGAUAAGCCGAAAUUAAAUUCCUGCAAUUCCUUUUAUAUUUCUUUCUUUCGUGUCGUUCUUCAAAAAUUAAUUUCACAAAAUCGAGUUACAAGCUUUCGAUGAAGUGUUGGUUUGUUAUAUUUUCACAUUUUUCGUGAUGUUCGUCUCAUCAAACGUUUUGAUGAAGUGGUCGCCAGUAUGAGCGUAUAUUCUACACCCACGAGAACAUGUAUUGACGAAGGAUCUUCUCCGACUCCGAGCAGCAAUCAGUCCUUUUAUUUCACUCCUGGAGAGACGUUUUCUUUUCUCACUCCUCAAACCAAAUCGAGAAAACGCGCGACUCCAUACAGAGGAAGAGUACCGAAGUUCAACGUCUACAACAAAGAACUGUCAAGAUCAGACGAUAAUCUACACCAAAACAAUGAUAUCGCAGGCGUCACUUCACCAAUUCCAAUCACCGUACGAGAUGCCGUUAAAUGGGAAUGUCAGAAUGCGCAUUCCGCUAGAGAAACGGUGAUAUCCAUCGAUAAAGAAAAUAUCGGUGUUCAAUUGUGUUCAACGCCAUAUUUACCUCUUGGAGGAACUCCGAGCAAAUUUACACCAUUGAGAAAUAUUUCCAAUCAACCGAAUGACAAGAAUGCUACUGUUUUUGAAGCUCGAAUAUCUAGUAUUGGUAAACAUUUUGACUUGAGGGUAAAAACCGAAGCUGACGUUGAUCAACCCACUAAGUGCAGUGUUGUUCGAAAUAGUCCAAAUUCAACAUCUAGUAGCAAUAAGAAUGAAUCGGCGAUAAAUCUUCCGGUUACAGAAUCUAGUAGUAACAGAACUAAAAAAAAAGUAACUCUGUUUCGCCGUUUUGGAAUAGGUCGCAAGUCGCCGCGAAAAUUAGCUAAAAUUAAUUCGAAAAGUGUUCAAAAAUCUGGCGAAAUGGUCGACACGCGAACUCAAAUUGAUGGCGAAAUCAAUUCAGCUAGCUUUAGUAAAGAAGACGUUGAAAAUACCGAUGUGUCAAGAAUUGAAGAUGAACGACUUCGAGUGAAAGAUGAAACUUCGAGUAUGGAUAAAAAUUCGUCGGGCAGUCCUCGACCUCCUUUAUUAAUCGAAAAGAAAUCGUCUCCUAGAAAAAUUAAAUUUUGGCAAUUCGUCAGGAUCAAAAGGUUCAGAAUCUCGCCAGUGAAACGAUUAUUCACUAAACCCACAAGAUAUUUAAUCUCAUUCAAGGAGAAAAUUACCAAGCGCUUUUCGCGACAUCCCAUUAAAACGCUGCUUAAUUCGAAACCGGAAGAUAUUUCAACUGAAACGAAUUCAGUUCAAACGCACCGAAUUUGUACGCUAUGCCUUGAAAAUUUAAAUACCAAAGAAGAAGCUAUGUCAAAAGCGUUAUCCGCCCUUAUGGCGAAAUUGACUUCAAUGGAGGAAGAACUGAAAGAGAUAAAGGGCUAUGUCAAAAAUAAUGCUAGCAGCAUUUCAAACCAUAAUAGAAACGUUCCAGUUCCUCCGUUGCCGCCUCCUCCACCGCCACCACCUCCUCCGCCGAAUUUCUUGAACUUGGAUCGAUCUGCUGGAACUUUGAAAAGGAAGGCUGAUCUCACUACGCCGGAAAAUGUUGACCAUGCGGUGAAAAGACCGGCGAUUAAAAACGAAAAGACUCAAUUUUCUAUCACUGUAGAAGAUAUUAGAAGUGUGAAACUCAGAAAAACGCCGGCUCGUGUUUUCAAACCACGCGAAACAAACCAGCCAAACACGGUGAAUGGCGAUGAUGCGCCGCAAUCAUUAAGAAUGAAAAAUAUUAAAAAGAGCGUAAAAAAUGGUAAAAAACGAACUCACAGCUUAGCAGAAUUAAGUUCUAGAGAGAAUGUGACGAUUAAUCGAGAAGCUGUUAUAGACUCGAGCGAUGUGAGCACGCCUUAUAAAGAGAAUUUUUCAACAAUGUGCAUACACGAAGAAACUCCAGUCAGCAGCAAGAAUACUUUGAUGAAUAAUCGAUCUCAGAAAAGAAAAGAAUGGCUGAUAGAAUCGCCUAUUAGAAAACGCGUCAAUACCGGUAAUAAUUCUAGUAUUUAUUGUGAUGCUGAAUCCGAAUAUUGAUUCGCGAUUCAAUGUUCUUUAUUUGUGUCGUUUAGAAAGCAUUUCUAUAAUGUACAAUUAAUUUUUUUAUAGUCGUAUUUUAUUUUGAGAAUAAUACUCGUGAUUGUCGAUGGUC